GUUGGCGUUUGGAUGAGGUGGGCGUGCUGUGCGUGUUGUAGCGGGAGGGGUCUCUUCCACUUUGGCAGGGGAAUAAAUUAUUUCGGUUGGUGAGCGGUGAGAUAUGAAACACGACACAGCGAUACCUACUAAUAUCAGAAGAGGCAAAUUUCGAAAACAAGUGCUGGGAUUCGCUGUUUGAAAGCACCUCUGCGUUACACCUUAUUCAAGAUAAUAACGCAAAAGUUGCUUAAACUUUGGAGACAGAAGAGAGAAGAAAAUUCAUUAAGACCUGUUUAAACUCUACGACGGCCAACCUAUAUUGGGCUCCCGGAGAAAGGAUACAGCAAGUGGAUUCUAUUUUCUUGGGAAUUCACCUGGGCUUCAAAUCAACCUCAGACGGACGCUUUACGCUUUUCUAUGGGACAGUAACACAAUUGUAUUUAGCAGUUGUAUGACCAUGUUAAACGUAUUUUCUUUACUCGUCUCAUUAACGCUUCACAGGCAAUACAAUCUGUCAUGCGGAAUAACUGUUGGAAGAGGAAAUUGUCAGUAAAAUGUUACAGAGUUGUUAAAUUAAUUGGAUCGUGACCAAAACUCCAAAGAGGGAAAUUAACUUUCUUCUCUAUACAUUUUCAAGACUGGGUCAAUGAUUUACACUUCAACUCUGAUCGACAGUCCACUCAUUUGGAGACGUUGGUGACCUUUAAUCCAACUAUUAUUUUAACUAAACUGAAUUUAGUUGGUUAACUGGUCCUAUGCUGUAUUUAUGCUUCAUUGGUAAGGUGCUUGUGCUUUUGGAACAAAAUGCGCCUUCGGUCUGGAAUGGAGCUUGCCCGUGAUUUAUAGAACAGAGGACCGUGGACAUGCUGCUGGAGCAAUUACCUUUUCCUUUUGGGAUUUCAUAUUUCCGAGAUGCAGUCAUAAAUUAAAGAAGGGACUGAGCUGAGAAAAUACUCAAGUCUACACAUUGCAAUUCCUGUCUUUUUUUUUUACUACCUGUACUUUCAACGGAAUUAGCUCCCACCUCUCAUUCCCGCUCCCACCUCGUCCCAUGGCGACCACGGUUAAGCCCCCGCUGUGUGGUGUCGUCCGUUGGCUGCUGGUACUGCUCCUCUCCCAGCAGCCCCUACUCGCGCAAGGCGCCUCUAAGGACAUUGUGUGCGAGCCCAUUACGGUGCCCAUGUGUAAAGGCAUCGGCUAUAACUUCACAUACAUGCCCAACCAGUUCAACCAUGACACCCAGGAGGAGGUGGGCCUGGAGGUGCACCAGUUCUGGCCGCUAGUGAGGAUCCGCUGCUCCCCAGACCUCCUCUUCUUCCUGUGCAGUAUGUACACCCCCAUCUGCCUGGCUGACUACAAAAAACCCCUGCCUCCGUGCAGGUCUGUGUGUGAGCGAGCCAAGCGAGGCUGCUCGCCCCUCAUGAGCCAGUAUGGCUUCGAGUGGCCAGAGAGGAUGAGCUGUGAGCAGCUGCCAAUGCUGGGGGAUGAGACCCUGUGUAUGGACCAGAACAGCAGUGAGACCACCAUCUCCCCACCCUUCCCUAAGCCCACCCCCAAGGGCACCACCCACCGACGCAGACCCCCAGCCCCCAAACCCCCGGUCCCCCAAGAGUGUGACCGGGAGUGCCGCUGUCGCGACCCGCUGGUGACCAUCAAGAGGGAGGCCCAUCCGCUGUAUAACCGGGUGUCCACCGGCCCCUUACCCAACUGCGCCCAGCCCUGCCACCACCCUUACUUCUCCCAGGAGGAGAGAGCCUUCACCACCUUCUGGGUGGGGCUGUGGUCGGUCCUAUGCUUUUUCUCCACCCUCACCACCGUCGCCACCUUCCUCAUCGACAUGGAGCGCUUCAAGUACCCGGAGCGGCCAAUCAUAUUCCUUGCUGCCUGUUACCUCUUCGUCUCCCUGGGCUACAUCAUCCGGCUGGUGGUGGGGCACGAGCGCGUGGCGUGCAGCAGCGCUAGCGGCGUUGGCGGCGAGCAGCAGCACAUCCUGUAUGACACCACAGGCCCUGCCCUGUGCACCCUGGUCUUCCUGCUUGUCUACUUCUUCGGCAUGGCAUCAUCCAUCUGGUGGGUGGUGCUCUCCUUUACCUGGUUCCUGGCGGCGGGGAUGAAGUGGGGCAGUGAGGCCAUCGCGGGCUACUCCCAGUGUUUCCACCUGGCCGCGUGGCUCAUCCCCAGCGUGAAGACCAUCGUGGUGCUGGCCCUCAGCUCCGUGGACGGGGACCCCGUGGCGGGGAUCUGCUACGUGGGGAACCAGAGUCUGGAGAGCCUGCGGGGGUUUGUCCUGGCUCCCCUGGUGGUGUACCUCUUCACCGGCUCCCUCUUCCUCCUAGCCGGCUUCGUGUCGCUCUUCCGCAUCCGCAGCAUCAUCAAGCAGGGCGGGACCAAGACGGACAAGCUGGAGCGUCUGAUGAUCCGGAUUGGCCUGUUCACGGUGCUCUACACGGUGCCGGCUACUAUCGUGCUGGCCUGCCUGGUGUACGAGCAGCACUACAGGCCGAGCUGGGACCGGGCCCUGGCCUGUUCCUGCCAGGCCGAGCGGCAGCGUUUGGGCCUGGGCCCCGACUACGCUGUGUUUAUGCUCAAGUACUUCAUGUGCCUGGUAGUGGGCAUCACCUCGGGGGUGUGGAUCUGGUCGGGGAAGACCCUGGAGUCGUGGCGACGCUUCACUGCUCGCUGCUGCCCCUGUUGGACCCACAAGGCCGCUGCACCCGCCUCCAUGUACAGCGAGCCGACUACAGCUGUAAGAGGCUGAGUGCAGGAGCUCUGAUGUUCAUUCGGUGUUUUGUGGGCCCUCAGACGGACCUUCUGGAACUCGACCAGGGAUAAAAGGUUGGUUUGAUCCUCGACGCAGACCUCAUCCCUGCACUCCAGUCUGCAGCACUGUGGAGAGCUGUAUUUAUUCCUGUGUUCUGUCUAUUUGUGCUAUAGAACAUCUUGUAUGGUUUCAGCGGAAGAUUCUAUCCAAGAAGCUUGGGAAAGCUGUGGGUGUGUAAAUACAAAGAUGGAAAAGACCGUGGCAACUAAACAUUCUGUUCUUUGCUAGUCCCCUGUGAUGAAAUUGUGUGUGUGUGUGUGUAUGUGUAUAUAUAUGUGUAUGCUGCAGUAAGGACUGGCUAGCUGAAUCAUGGUGAAGUGUAAGUACCCUCAUCUGUACCGUUGUGCUUUCCGCCCCCUAGUGGUGUGUACUUGAACUACCCACCUGUCCCAAGAUGUACAUUACAACAUUUAUCUGCAGAGUAGGAAGAACAUUUAGCAAACUGGUUUCAUUCUUAUAGACGUUUUACAAUUGUUGAAAUUGUUAAGAACAGUCUUCAUGUAAUUGGUGUAUGAAAGGGAAAGCCUAUUUGAAAUGGUAACCAAAAAAACAGAGAACAGGCCAAUCUUACGAGCUAGUGGAAUCCUCCAGCAUGACCUGAAACUGUAACCAUGUUGGCCUUUCUCUUCCUUACUGUGGUCGUGCCAGCACCCUUGUGUGUUCCAGGUAGUAAGCCCAUGUUCUUUAAAACCACAGACUUCUAGAAUGAUAUCAAAAUGAUUCAGAAACUCAAUAUUUAAUUUAUUAGCCCUUUUCCUGAUUAAUAGCAUGUUUGUAGUGUGAGAGAGUGUGUGUGAUUGUUCCAUCCACACUUUUAUAAACUGAUUUGGGAAUCAUUCUAUGGAUGAGUCUUGAAUGCAACUCUGUACUCAAUUCCUGGAGAACGUAAAAUGUGUCAAAUUCAUGACUGAGAUUUUAGAUAUUAUUUAUGAAAUUGCAGUUUGACUGGUAAAGAAUUAAACUGUGGACCAAUUGUAACAG